AUGGCCGGAAGUCUUUUCUAUAGGGUCUUUGAGGCGCUGUUGGAGAACACAGGAUACGUUGCAGUGCUUAUUCUAUCCUCUUACGUUGUCUACCAACUAGUCUACCAGCCUUUCAUUGUCAGUGCCCUGCGAAGAAUCCCUGGUCCAAAGACUUUCGCUGCAACCAAAUGGCGACUGGCCCUUGCCGACUACCAUGGAGUUAGAACCCAAUGCAUACACUCUUUGCACCAGCAAUAUGGCACCGCAGUGCGUAUAGGUCCAAAGGAAGUAUCCUUCUCUUCUCUCUCCGCUUUGAGAACGAUCUAUGGUGCAGGGUCAGGGUUUGAACGAACCGAAUUCUACAGAAUGUUCGAUGUGUAUGGACGACAAAAUCUUUUUACCUUUGCUGGCACCAAGCAGCAUGCAGAGAGGAAGAAGAUUCUUGCUCAUGCUUACUCAAAAAGCGUGAUAUUGUCACCAAACGCGAUUGCAAAGCCCUUGAUAGAGGCGAAUGUGAAAAGCUAUUUGGACUUGCUGGAGGAUGAAAAAGACGUGGCUGAGGAGAUCUUCCAGAGCCUUCAUUGGUUUAGUCUGGAUAGCAUUACUGGCUUUCUCUAUGGAGAUCAAUACGGAGGAACGCAUGCGCUUAGAGGAAAUGACUCGGACAGGAGAAUGUUGAGUGAUAUUAUCGACCCUAGUCGGCGAAAGCUUAGUUGGUUUGCGGUACACUUGAAGCAAUAUACGAAGUGGCUCUAUACACGGACGGGAACCAUGGAGAAAGCCAUCACACAACUGGGGCUACUGCCUAUGCAAAAGCCUGCAACUUAUACGGGCAUUCGCGCACAUGCGCUCCAAUCCUGGUCUGGUUUUGAGACUGCUGCGACGGAAAAAGAUUUGGAGCCGGAUUUGGCUAUCAUCGAUAAGCUGUGGCGGCACAAUAAAUCUGGCAAAGGAUCUCGCCUCGAUGGUCUUGACAUGGCCUCUGAGCUGGCCGACCAUCUACUAGCCGGCAUCGAUACAACAAGUGAUACCCUGAUGUUUGCGAUAUGGGCCCUUUCUCGACCUGAGAAUGAGCCGUAUCAGAAAAGAUUGAUACAAGAAGUUGAUUUAAUCCUGAACACGGAUUGCAACCAGGACGGUAUUCCACUUGCCGAAGUCGCGGACCGACUGCCUUACCUUGAUGCUGUUCUCAAGGAGACCCUUCGAUUGUAUGCCCCUUUACCAGCAGCAGAACCACGAUCUAUGCCGGUUGAUACUAUAAUUGACGGGCAUCUUGUUCCAGGCGGAACAGUUGUGAGUAUGUCACCGUAUGUGCUUCACCGCAACCCUGAUGUAUUCCCGGAACCUUUAAAGUUUAACCCUGAGAGGUGGCUCGGUCAAUGGGUAGAUCUUGCAGAGAUGAAAAAAUGGUUUUGGGCAUUUUCUAGUGGAGGUCGCAUGUGCAUUGGCUUGCAUCUGGCCAUGGCGGAGAUGACGACAUUGCUUGCUGCUAUCUACAGGAAGUAUACUACUAGUGGAUAUAAAAAGCAGAAAGGUGUCAGUCCUGGGAUCACCAGCAGGUUUGAAGUCUUCUAUGACGAGACCUUCCCUAAAUUUGAGGAACACGAAUGCUGGAUCAGUUUCAAGAACCGUGAAAAGUCCGCCAUUGAGUGA